AUGUGCUUCACAGCGAUCUUCACCUGUCCGAGCUGCAAAUGCCGCUCCGGCCUCGAAGAGACACUCCGCUGUCAACAAACCCCUUGUGUCGGCGCCGUCAGCAUCAUGAUGCUGAUGGAAGGCCGCCAUUUCGGCGACGGAUGGCGUUGCACCACGCCUGGGUGUGGCUAUUCGCAAGCGGCUCGUGACCGAGUGAGGAUCUGGGUGGAACGGGUAUUGGAGGCACAACAGAGGGGCGAGAGGGGCGAUGAGGACGGCCAGAACUGGAGCAAUGUUGACAACAGACUCCCAGCAUGGUACGACCAGUCGGAUGAUGGUCUCUCAUCCAUGCACGCAAGUGACCACGAGGCCACUGAUGAUGACCUGUUCAUGGACGACGACGACGACCAUCAAGCCGAGGAUGAAGAACCCGGCCACCAGGAGGCCCAAGCCAACGAUGGCCUAAACGCUGUCAAUAAUGGCAACAACAAUGAUAACAGCCAACAACAACCUCCCGUCGCGCCCUUGGCUGCCCAGGUUCCUGAUGGGGUUGCUCUGGGAGGACACAUCCCCAACUGGCGGGCAACCCCGAACCUGCCAGAACUCAGCGACGAACAUGCUGCCCACAUUGAUCUCCUCCUGGCUCGGGCAGAGCAGGAGAUAUCAGCGCAUGAGGCAACGCAGCGACUGACACAAUACUGGACCCCUGGGGAGGAUGAUCUGUUGCUAUUCCUCCGACGAUGUGGUUUUCCACAUAACCAAAUUGCGGGUUACUACCGACUCAAAGGGCUCAAGAAGCAGCGAGCAGACAACGAGAAGGAACUAGUGGAGAUCAACAUAGCCCUAGUGGCGGUUGGAGGUGGACACAAUGAUGCCAUCAAUUGGGCUGCAUAA